AUGACAAUACCAUUGUUACCCCAAAUAUUCCUCUCACCCAAGUUCUCUAUGUUCUCGAUUUUUUUGCUAACCUCUUAUUUAUCAAUACCAUUACUUGAGUCAUCAUUUAUUCCGUUACAUUUUUUCCUUUUCAUAUACCUUCCAAGAUCUAUAUAUUGA